AUAGGGUACUUAUUUUGCUUGACUUCUGACUUUUGAAGAUUAAGGAUUGAGAAUAUUGAAUCUGCUGUACUGUGACCACUAUGGGCAGUUCUUGAUAUUUUUCUCAAUAGAAAUGGAAUUGAAUCGAAUCACAGAGUGCUGUCGGCAAAUUGAUUUUCCUUUCAGAAAAGAAGUUUCUUUAAAUGUAUUACUUGGUUUGCGUCACAGACAAAGGUGAACAUAAACAACUGUGACAUUUACUGAACAUGAAUAGUUGGAGACAUAUGAGUGACAUGGUUUCAAACACAUUGUUUUGGAGAUAUACAUACUGAAUUAGGGUGUAAGCUUCUGACAACACUUGUUCAUGUGUUACUUAUAACAAGAAAAUGGAUGUAAAUACUAUAAUUUAAUGAAGUAAUUAUUACAGGUCCAUAUUACGGUUGGUUCCUGCAUCUGCAAGGAGAAGAGCUGAUGAAAGUACAAAAUACACCCGACUAUAGCUCAUGCUUUUAAGAGACAGAAAACUGACAGACAUAUUUCCACACUGACUAUGAUCAUUAUGCCAUUGAUACAACUGUGUUACCAAGGACAUGGUAAUGUGUGGCUAAUUUCAUGGUGAAACACUGUGUACGGCUUUGGACGACAACUGAAAACUGUGAUAUAAAAACUCAACUAUGAAGCCGCUUUACGUGAAGACAGUGCUUCGAAGGAAGUACCGUGGAUGGAAACUUCUUAUUAUCAUGUCUGUGUUUGUUAUAGGCUCGCUUAUUGUGCUCUUUCCUGUGAUAAACAUUGACUCCUUUAGGGAACAAAAUUUUGAGACAAUAUUCCGUUCACGACACCUGCUUGAAGAUAAUGCAACGGAAGGGUUUGAUUUUCCCCCAGAUGUAUUUUCGCUGGAAGACAGAAGAAAUGGAGCUGUAGUUUUGCAUGUGAUAGGCCUUAUUUAUAUGUUUGUAGCAUUGGCCAUUGUCUGUGAUGAAUUUUUUGUACCUUCCCUAAGUGUGUUAAUUGAAAAACUAGAAAUAUCUGAAGAUGUAGCGGGUGCCACAUUCAUGGCUGCCGGGGGCAGUGCUCCGGAACUUUUCACCAGCCUCAUUGGUGUCUUUUUCUCAAGAAACAAUGUGGGCAUAGGCACCAUAGUCGGCUCAGCAGUAUUUAACAUUCUGUUUGUUAUAGGAAUGUGUGCCCUCUUCAGUAAAACUGUGUUAGAAUUGACUUGGUGGCCAUUAUUCCGUGAUGUGACUUUCUACAGCAUCGACCUUCUCGUGUUGAUCUUGGUGUUCCGAGAUGGGGAAAUUAUAUGGUGGGAGGCACUUAUUCUCUUCAUGUUAUACAUAGCAUAUGUCCUGUUUAUGAAAUUCAAUACAAGCAUUGAAACAUUUGUUAAGACAAAAGUUCUACGGAGGAAACAGAAUACUCAAGUUCACAAUGAUGAUGUACUAAUAGAUGAGUUUUGGUGCUGGUGCCGAGACAAUGAAUGGAAAGGAAAAAUAGUGCGCUUCCAUAAUAAAUGUUGCACAAACAUGUAUCAUGAGAAGGCCCACAGGAGCUGCAGUAUCCCCAUCCUACACUCAGGGACGAGCCACUUCCGGCACGGCGUGCUCCAGCUCAUGAUACACACCAUUGACCCUAUCUCAGAAGGGCAAGUCCAGGACAAGGCAAUGCAGUUACAUGCAGUUGCAAGUUUAAGUCAGAUAAAUGGAACAGGCUCAAAUGACUCUCUAAUCCAUUCUCAUAAUGGUACAGACAGAACCCCCCAAAAUGGUUCAGUGUCUGAUAGAAAUAAGAACCAAAAAAGAAUGCAAGUGCAAGCAAUCUCUAAUGGACAUACAGGAUUUGAUAACUCUAAAUCGCCGGAUUCUGGGACACAAAUGCUCUCCCCGGCCAAGUCGAGCAGCUCUCCAUUGGAGGAUGAGGGAAUCAAGAUGCAGAGCUCAUCGACACGGAACAGCAAUAACACGGAGACCACCAUCAUGUCUCCGGAUAACCAUCACAAGGACCCGGAAAAUAGCAAUAACAAUACUGAGGGAGAUGAGAUGCCUGAUGAUGGGGAUGAGCCGCUGGACAUGUCUUGGCCGAAAACAUGGCGAAAACGCAUCACCUACAUCCUCCUUGCACCCCUUAUCUUUCCCAUGUGGAUCUUACUGCCCGACACACGCAGACCAGAGAAGAAGAAGUGGUAUUUGGUCUCGUUCUUUGGCUGUAUUGUGUUCAUCUUCAUCUAUUCCUACUUGAUGGUAUGGUGGGCAAACCAGACGGGUGAGACAAUCGGCAUCCCGGACGAGAUCAUGGGACUCACUAUCCUGGCCGCAGGCACCAGUAUUCCUGAUCUUAUUACCAGUGUCAUCGUCGCUAAGAAGGGUUUCGGAGAUAUGGCAGUGUCCAGCUCUGUUGGCAGUAAUAUAUUUGAUAUCACAGUGGGACUGCCAAUUCCAUGGUUGCUGUACGCGGCAGUGUAUGUUGGCAAAACAGUGGACGUCAAUUCCAACGGGCUGGCAUGCUCCAUAUUGCUCCUGUUUGGCAUGCUGCUUAUUGUUGUCAUAGUGAUAGCCGCCUCCAAGUGGAGAAUGACCAAAAUUAUGGGAGGCGCCAUGUUGGUUCUUUAUGCAGUGUUUCUGGUGUUCAGUGUUCUGCUUGAACUGGACAUUAUCAAUUGUGUCUUGUAACCCAUGACAACCGGGGAAUACUUGUCUCAUAAUAUAGUGCUGCUCUAUUCUUUUCAUGUUAGUGAUUGGAAUUUGGGAUGUGUGAACUGUCGAAUGCUGCAGUUAUCACUUGUAGUAAAUCACAUCCGUUUUAAUUGUUAUAUUUUGUAUACAGUUGAGUGACUGUAAUUUAGAACUGUGUGUUUGUGACCUGGUAAUGUUCUCUUUAUAUUCAACAUGCAAGUAAGCAGUGUUUAAUUAUUCAUACUAUACAUAUUUUUGUUUAUGUUCUGUUUAAACCACCAUAAAUAUUUGUUUAGCAAAUAUAGCAGAAAUGUUCCCUUACCAAAAGGAAAAAUAUGUUUGUACAGUUAUCACCAUAACUGGUAUUGUAAAACACCCCUGAGUGGUCUUCCCCACUUUAUAUUGGAUAUAUGGCAAACAGUAUUUAAAUAUUGAAGCAAUAAAACAUUUGACUGUAAUUUAAUUUACUUAAAACAUGGAUAAGUAUGCUCCUACCUCUUUGUAUCAUAUACUCAUUUUGUUUGUAUAAACAUUACACACCGAUAAUACUUAAAUAACAGUAAUAAUGAAUAAGAGUUAGAAUCAGGUAUAGUUUAUAAUAACUAUUAUGUACUUCAUAUUGGUAUUGACUGAAAUUGUGAUCAUUGCAAAAUGUGGUAUCAUGGGAUAAUAAGCCUCAUUAUUACCAACAUUUUUACAGUGCUUAAGGGCAUUGCUUAUGAUAAUGGCAUACAUAUUAACUAUAACAAUAAUUGGCAAUGUUAUGUGGUCUGUGAGGAAAUAAUCUCUUAUUUGUCAGGAUUAACAAGUACCGGAGUAUAUUUGCCCCUUGUGUAAUAACUGUAAAAUAUGUAUGUAGACCACAGAAAUUCUUACUGAUUUGUUAAUAAUUAUUCAAUAGUCAAUUGAUUUCAACAUAGAACUUAGCCAAAUAAUCCAGUGUACUUAUAUAUACAAAUAAUUAUUUAUUGAAAUUUUGAUAAUUAUUUAUUGAAAUUUUGUAAAAAAGUCUUUUUUGGCAAUAGCAAAUAUUCUGUCAAUUUCAGGCUUUUUUAUGGCCCUGAAGGUGGACAUGUUAAAGUUGCAUCAUCCGUCCCCGGAUCUGUUGGUCCGUCCAUUUUCAUCGUGCUUCGGCUGUAACUUUGUCAUGUACAUUGCGAUUUUGAAAUAACCAGGCACAGAUGAUCGGCACUCAAAGGUGAUGUGUCUUGUGCAGGACCCACUUUCCUGCGUUGAAGGUCAUUGUCACACUUAAAGGUUAAUCAAUAUGGAAUGCUGCAUAUAUGCAUGUAGAGUAUAUGUGGUCAUGGCCAGGAUUUUUAUUUAUCAUAAAUGGGGGAUUUUAAAAUAGCAUGGCACAGAUGUUUGGCACAUAAAGGCAACAUGUCGGGUGCACCUCCUAGGUUUUUAUUUUAUCUCUGGGUGACAACGAUGCAAGUCCCAGGUCCUUACCUCUUAGUUCAUUGCUCCCAACAACUGAAGGCAACAAUAAUGGGGUCCUGCAUAUAUGCUUAUAGUUUAUGUUAGCACUUCCUGAAUAUAGACAAGUUCUAUUGAUCAGUCUGGCACAUCAGGGACAUUUGUCACUUACAGUGACAGCUCUUGCUUUUAUUGAAGCAGAGCUUUUAUUACACAAACAACUCAAUAACAGAACUACAUGUAUACAGGUACAAGGUGUUACAGAGUAAAGGAAAUACAUUUAAAGGGUAAGCAAUGUCUUUCAUAUGGUCAGUAAAUCUCAGACCUCCAUUGAUCAUUUCAUUAGCUUUGAUUGUCAUCUGGCUGUCAGUAAAUAUUGCCCCCAGUUCCUAUGGCUACCAGACAUCAUUUUGCUUUAUUAUUUGACAACAGAAUGCAAUUAAAGUCUCUUUCUACCUAUCGAUUAAACCAAAUGCCAAUAAAGAUUUCAUCAUGUUUCAGUCACUUUCAAAGAACUAUUUCCUAUUUAAUGACCUGUAAAAUUCUAUGUCAGGCUUAUUUGUGCACUGAGAAGUAUGUUCCAGUAACAACCUGCAGUAGCAAAAGAAAAUAUUUUGGAUGGCACUUUUUACAAGUGAUAUCUGCGUUUUCCUUAAGAAAAAGUUGAGCCAUCUUGCUUUUUGAACAGGUGGUGUAGCUCUCAUUAUUUAAAAAAAACUGUUUUUAAACUUAAGUUUCUUUUUUUCAAUACUGACUUUGAUUUUCAUAAAUGAAUAAUUAAUAAAUAAAAAAAUUAAUACCAUAAAAGUAAUUCGGAUUUAAAGUCUCAAUGUUUGCAAAGUAAAGGUUACACAUAUUAUACAUGAUAUGUAUAUAUGAACUUAAUACUGUAAGGGACUAGAAAAUGGAGCCUGCUGGCUAUGAAACGAGGUACGGAUAAUAUU